AUGUCGAAACAAUACCUCCAAACGCAUAGCAUCCCAGACGCCUCCCCCGCCGACAUCUACAGCGUCGCUGCCACUCCCACUCAUCUAAUCACUGCAUCUGGCUCUUCCUCGCUACACGUCUACUCGACUGCCCCCACCAACGACGAGAAUGACCCAUACCCGCUUGUCCAGACUCUGAAAGAUGCCCACAAACUCGGUGCCCACCACAUUGCUGUCAGCGCAAACGGCAAGACCGCUGCCUCAGCUGGCUUCGGCGGCGAGCUGAAGGUCUGGUCCAUUGACGACGAGUCCUCUCGAUGGGCACUCAAAGGCUCAAUAGUAGACGACUCAAAAUCAGCACAAGCAAAAACCGCUGGCGAGAUCUGGGCCAUCGCCCUGAGCGAAGACGGCCAAUUCCUCGCCGCCACAACCUUCGACGGCCGCAUCAACGUCUGGGACCUCAGCACCCUCUCUCCAUCCAACCCACCUGCGAAACUCCGCGAGUACGAGACAAAAGGCAGUUUCGGCAUGAGCGUUGCCCUGUCCUCUGACGGCGAAUUCACCGCUUCUGGACAUGCAAACGGCGCUGUAUAUCUCUUCAACAACACCACUGGACGAUUGGCCCACUCGCUGCAAGGACUGGUCAAGCCAGUGAGGACGGUGGCUUUCUCGCCGGCGAGCAAGUUUUUGGCCGCGGGUGGUGAUGCAAAGAUCAUUGCUCUGUACGAUGUCAAGAACGGCGAGCAAGUGGCAAACCUUACCGGCUCGCAGAGUUGGGUCAUGAGUCUGGAUUGGAGCACUUCGGGUGAAAACCUCCUGAGCGGUGCUUAUGAUGGCAAGGCAAAGGUUUGGAGUGUCGAGCGUCGCGAGUGCGUCGCUACCCAGACCGAGUCGGACAAGACUCUCUGGGCCGUGAAGUGGCUCCCCAAGACUCCCAUGACGAGAAACGAGACCUUUGUCACAGUCGGCGCAAACAGGAGUAUCAGCUUCUACCGCGAAGCCAGUGGAGGUUGA